ACACCCCAGUUUUGAGCCUCACCCAGCGCCAGCUUUCUCUGCGACUUUCCGGGGUCAUACUUCUCACGGAGAGAAGAACAUCGUCACCAAUUUGUAGCUGUUGUUCUUCAUCUUUGAUCUCAGUUCGAUACUGAAAAUGGCAAGGAAUGUUGGAAUUCUCGCCAUGGAUAUCUACUUCCCUCCGACCUGCGUUCAACAGGAAGCACUGGAGGCUCAUGAUGGUGCAAGCAAAGGAAAAUACACAAUUGGACUUGGACAAGAUUGUAUGGCUUUCUGUACAGAGGUGGAAGAUGUCAUCUCUAUGAGUUUGACGGCUGUUACUUCACUCCUUGAGAAGUAUGGAAUUGAUCCUAAACAAAUUGGCCGCCUAGAAGUAGGCAGUGAAACGGUCAUAGACAAGAGCAAAUCCAUUAAGACCUUCCUGAUGCAAAUCUUUGAGAAACAUGGAAAUACUGACGUUGAAGGCGUUGACUCUACUAAUGCAUGCUAUGGAGGAACUGCAGCUUUGUUCAACUGCGUGAACUGGGUGGAGAGUAAUUCAUGGGAUGGACGAUAUGGCCUUGUUGUGUGUACUGAUAGUGCGGUCUAUGCAGAAGGACCUGCACGGCCUACUGGUGGGGCAGCUGCAAUUGCCAUGUUAAUAGGACCUGAUGCUCCAAUUGCUUUUGAAAGCAAAUUUAGGGGAAGUUAUAUGUCCCAUGCCUAUGACUUUUACAAGCCCAAUCUUGCUAGUGAAUAUCCGGUUGUUGAUGGGAAACUUUCUCAAACAUGCUAUUUAAUGGCUCUUGAUUCUUGCUAUAAACAAUUGUGUAAGAAGUAUGAGAAAGUGGAAGGCACACAAUUUUCCUUAUCUGAUGCUGACUAUUUUCUGUUUCAUUCUCCAUAUAACAAGCUUGUACAGAAAAGCUUUGCUCGUUUGGUGUUUAACGAUGUUGUAAGGAAUGCAAGUUCUGUUGAUGAAGUUGCUAAAGAGAAGCUGGGACCAUUUUCCAAUCUAACUGUUGAUGAAAGCUACCAAAACCGGGAUCUUGAGAAGCUAUCCCAGCAGGUGGCAAAGCCGCUUUAUGAUGCUAAGGUGCAACCUACCACCCUAAUACCAAAGCAAGUUGGCAACAUGUACACCGCAUCUGUCUAUGCUGCAUUUGUAUCGCUUAUUCACAAUAAAAGUAGCAAAUUGGCAGGAAAGCGGGUGAUAAUGUUCUCAUAUGGAAGUGGGUUGACUGCCACAAUGUUUUCACUGCGACUUCAUGAAGGUCAAAAUCCUUUUAGCUUGUCAAACAUUGCUACAGUGAUGAAUGUUGAAGGGAAAUUGAAGUCAAGGCAUGAGUUUCCUCCUGGAAAGUUUGUUGAGACCUUGAAGCUCAUGGAGCAUAGAUAUGGAGCCAAAGACUUUGUGACGAGCAAGGACAGUAGCCUUUUGGCUCCUGGAACAUACUAUCUCACGAAAGUUGAUUCCAUGUACCGGAGAUUCUAUGCCCAGAAGGAUGGGGUCAGCACUGCUAGUGAGAUUGGUUCAGUUGCCAAUGGUCAUUGGUAAUAAACAGAUCAACCAUUUCUAGGUUCUUGUAUUAAAUGUUGUCAGCAGUUAAAGUAUAGUUCUGUUAAACAGCAAAUUGUCAGCUCAAUUUCUUUCUCUCCGUCUUUGUGAUAAAUUUCUGUUAGGGUUACCCUACAAAUAACCAAUUUGUUCUGGUGCAGUUGAUUGUGCAACUCUUUCAGUUUCUAGAUUGAUGAUAUAAAAUUCAUUUCUGCAG